CACUCCGCACCGUGCACUUCUCGGAAUACAGGCGCUGAGCCCCCGGAGGAGGAGAGGGCUGGUUCCGGGAGCCCCUCCCCUGGGGCGGGGCCAAAGCGUCCUCCCAGCCCGGCUUUGCAGAACAGAGAUCUGGUGUCUCCAGUUUACAGAAGCACUUGCAGAACUCAUCAGAAGCCACCCUGCUUAUCAGCAGAUUUCAAGAGAGCGUUCAGUGGAGGCCCUGAGUCUGCACAGUUCACCUCCCUGGGAACUGCUCGCCUGAGCAUUGGAGCCGGCGCUGGCCCCCUGCAGCCGAAAGGAGCCCCGGAGGCCCAGGACACAGCGGAAGGAACAGGAAGAGAAGAGUGUGGUCUACUAGAAAUCUAGCACUGGAGACACAAGGAAAAUUCUUCCAACAAUGGUCUCCCACUCAGAGCUAAGGAAGCUGUUCUACUCAGCAGAUGCUGUAUGUUUUGAUGUUGACAGCACCGUCAUUAGAGAAGAAGGAAUCGAUGAGCUAGCCAAAAUCUGUGGCGUUGAGGACGCGGUGUCAGAAAUGACACGGCGAGCCAUGGGCGGGGCAGUGCCUUUCAAAUCUGCUCUCACAGAGCGCUUAGCCCUCAUCCAGCCCUCCAGGGAGCAGGUGCAGAGACUCAUAGCAGAGCACCCCCCACACCUGACCCCCGGCAUAAGGGAGCUGGUAAGUCGCCUACAGGAGCGAAAUGUUCAGGUUUUCCUAAUAUCUGGUGGCUUUAGGAGUAUUGUAGAGCAUGUUGCUUCAAAGCUCAAUAUCCCAGGAACCAAUGUAUUUGCCAAUAGGCUGAAAUUCUACUUUAACGGUGAAUAUGCAGGUUUUGAUGAGACACAGCCAACAGCUGAAUCUGGUGGAAAAGGAAAAGUGAUUAAACUUUUAAAGGAAAAAUUUCAUUUUAAGAAAAUAAUCAUGAUUGGAGAUGGUGCCACAGACAUGGAAACCUGUCCUCCUGCUGUAUGUAUUAAGGAUGCUAAUAUUUUUGCAGGUUGUACUUUUGUUUUUUUAAUAUAUUUAUUUAUUAUUUCUUUAUUUUUUUUUUGAGACGGAGU